CGCUGAAGAGUCCCAAAUGGAGACACACAGCAUCGUUGGAGCGAAUGAUGAAUGACCAUGGCAUCCCCAACAGAGAGGAGCAAUUAUUCAGCCCAACAGUGAAGAGAUGUCUCUGACUACUCUAUUCCUGUUCAAGCUGACCUGUCAAUUAGACCUUGCAAUCACUCUUCAAUCAUCUAUCUGGCAAUAACCCACCAGGCGUUUUAACUACUGACCCAAGGAUAAGAAUUCAUAGCAAUACAAUACAGACAUUUCCUGUGUUACAGUACUUCUAACUUAUUGGUGAGCCCAGUCAGAAAUAUCAAUGGACUUUAUGAGUCGGUUAUAAUGUUAUUAUUAGUUUGGGGAUAAGAAAUAGUCUCUCUUGUCAUAUUGGCCCACAGACCCAAGCUUCUUAUGAAAAUGUCUCACUCCACUUACCCUGACCUGAAGCUUAUUAAGCUGUGAACCUUUGAGCAUACAAGCACUAUAUACUAGGUCAUUGAUCCACAAUUCCUCUUCAACCACUCAGUUAGAUGUAUCCCCCUCGCCCCGCCUCCUGUUUCUAAUUAUUCACAAGGCCCCCGGCAUAGUUGGACCAUUGCUUAAAGAAGUCGAUUUGACAGGUUAGAGAAUCUACAGUUGCCAGUGCAAGUGGUACGCGGGCAGGACUUUGGUACAGCUGUCACAUUCAGCUUGUAUGUACUGUACAGGUCUGUGUCCCUUGGCUGUUACAAUCCAACAUGGACACCAGAACACGACAAGUCCUUGAAUAUGAAUUAAGCCCCAGUGAGCCUGUUCCAACUUGUCUGUUAUUGGUUUACUGAAGUGUUCAUGAAUCCAUAGGACUGCUUAUCAUCAUGUCAUCCCUGUUUGGCUUCUAUCACUGUUGUUGCCUAUGCGGCCAAAGGGUGAACUGAAUUGACCCCCAAAUAACCCCAUCCACUCCACACAAAGGCACCUUUUAGAUGAUGACCGAUAGCCAAACUGUUUUUCAUGCCCAAACUCUGUUUUCUACCUUAAUUCGAAAACAAAACAAAAGAAUCUUAACAGCAAAUUACAUUUUUCAGUGUAGGUCACAUUUCUGACACUCCAACUCCAAGAUGAGUGAUGUGCCCUCCUGGCUGGACUGUGAACACUAUGAACUGUUGUCCCCGACUCCAGCAAGUUUCCCCAGGGGCCCCUCAGGCACAGGGUUGCUGCCUGUAGCAGGCCACGUGGAACAGGGUACGGCCCUGUGCUUCGUGGGCCUCCUGCUGCUCCUCCUGCUCUUCCUAAUAGUACGCUGCAUCCGCAUCCUGCUGGACCCCUACAACAGUAUGACUGCCACCUCCUGGACCAACGACCCCAGGGACCCGUUGGAGAGGGGUCAGUUUGACUAUGCCCUGGUGUAGGAGGGUUUGGGAGAAGAAGAGGGAUGUGGAGAGUUUUGGGACCCUGAACCAGGUUCAAGGGGGAUGUUGCCCUAACCUUCGGACGGACUUGGAUGAGACCAAAAAAAGUAGCUACAUAUGUAGGAUCUUAAUGUGA